UCCCGCCCCCUCUCGCAAAAUAAAAGUGCUGCUGUCGCAAGGUCUUGUGACUUGACUGUAACUUGUCAACAAAACAGUAAUGCUGAAGUUCGUGUCGCUAUUGCUGGCCCUUAGUUUCUGCCAGGGCCUGCAGCACAACAACAUCGACGACUAUGUUGCGGCCGAGCCCGUUUUCGAGGCGUCAAAGUACGGCUCCCUGUGGCCUCUGCCGCAGAAAGUGCAGAUUUCAGAGGUUUCAUUCAAGUUAACCAGUAGCAGCUUCAGGAUUGUUGAUGCCAAAGCAUCGUCCGCUGGACCGAGCUGCAGUCUCCUACAGAGCGCAUACAGGAGGUAUUAUGAGUACAUGUUCGGCAGCGCUAAAAAGCAGUGGUGGAGCAAAAACAACAGGCGAUCAGAUCCCUCUGAUCUGUCCGAGCUGCAGGUGUGGAUCACAUCACCUGACUCUGAAUGUGACGGAUACCCCAGUGUGACUUCUGACGAGUCAUAUGAACUGACAGUGAAUCAGCCAGUUGCUGUCCUGAAGGCACCUAAGGUCUGGGGAGCUCUGCACGGCCUGGAAACCUUUAGCCAGUUGGUGUUUGAAGAUGAAUAUGGAGCUAAAAGUGUCAAUGCAGCAAUAAUCAAUGACUUCCCCAGGUUUCAACACAGAGGCAUCUUACUGGACAGCUCUCGGCACUUCCUUCCCAUUAAAGUCAUUUUGGCCAAUUUGGAAACAAUGGCAAUGAACAAAUUCAAUGUUUUCCACUGGCACAUUGUUGACGAUCAGUCCUUCCCUUACUUAAGCCGAACCUUCCCACAACUCAGCGAGCAAGGAGCUUACCACCCAUACACCCACGUGUAUACACCAGCCGAUGUGAAGAUGGUAAUCGAGUUUGCUCGUCUAAGAGGCAUUCGCGUCAUACCGGAGUUUGACACUCCAGGACACACACAGUCUUGGGGCAAAGGCCAAAAAGAUCUUCUCACACCCUGUUACUCUGGGUCCAAACCCUCUGGCUCUUUCGGGCCAGUGAAUCCCAUCCUGAACACCACGUACGACUUCAUGGCUCAGUUCUUCACGGAGAUCAGCACCGUGUUCCCCGAUGGCUACGUUCACCUGGGAGGUGAUGAGGUGGACUUCACAUGCUGGAAGUCCAACCCAGACAUUCAGAAGUUCAUGGAGCAGCAACAUUUUGGAGACGACUACAGAAAACUGGAAUCAUUCUACAUCCAAAAACUCUUGGAUAUUGUGACCUCUACCAAGAAGGGCUACCUGAUCUGGCAGGAGGUCUUUGACAAUGGUGUUAAGCUGAAAGCAGACACACUAAUCCACGUUUGGAAGGGAAACCAGGAACAAUACCAGAAUGAGAUGGCAAGCGUUACUGCAUCAGGGUACCAGACCCUGCUGUCCACUCCCUGGUACCUGAACCGUAUCUCCUACGGGCAGGACUGGCAGGGCUUUUACAAGGCCGACCCACAGGACUUUAAGGGAACUGAUGAGCAGAAAAAGCUGGUGAUUGGUGGAGAGGCCUGCUUGUGGGGAGAGUAUGUGGACGCCACAAACCUCACACCCAGACUUUGGCCUCGUGCCAGUGCUGUGGCAGAGCGGCUGUGGAGCGCCAAAGACGUGACCGACAUCGGCGAUGCCUUCAACAGACUGUCGCUGCACCGCUGCCGUAUGGUAGAGCGCGGCAUCCCAGCUGAGCCGCUGUUUUCCAGCUACUGUCCACGUGAGUACAAGGGUGUCUGAAAACGAAGACCGGACCCAGCAAAUGAAAUGGAAAGGGAAGAAAUUCAUAUUCUUUUGACUAUUCUUCAACUAUAUGAAACUAAAAUGCUGAACUUCCUAGAUCACUGUACCGAUGAGCUCUGAAACACAUCGUCCUUUUUUUAGAUUUGCUCCACAGAACUUUUAAAUCACAUUUAAUGUCGAAGGUGUUACUGUUAUGAUUGCACUUUUUUUUAUGAAUGUUUCU